AUGCUGUCGUCGGAGGAGUCCGAUAUCGGCCUAUCCCAAGUGGGCGACUAUGCACUCGACUCUGAGAUAGGCAAGGGCUCCUUUGCUCUUGUGUACAGAGCUCACCAUACGGCGAUGCCACAUCAGCUCGUCGCCGUCAAGUCGGUCAUCCGCAGCAAACUUUCGUCCAAGCUCCUCGAGAACUUGGAGGGCGAGAUCUCUAUUCUCAAGUCCAUGCGCCACACCAACAUUGUCGACCUGCGCGACUGCCUCUACACCGACCAGCACAUCCACCUCAUCAUGGAAUACUGCCCAGGCGGCGACCUGUCCAUGUACAUUCACAAGCACGGCCAAGUCGCACCAUGGGACGGCGAUGCCCAGACCAACCCACUGGCCGCCGCGCAGCGCGCCAAGUUCCCACACCCAGAGUACGGCGGCCUGAACGAGCACAUGGUCCGCUCCUUUUUGGCCCAGCUCGUGUCAGCCGUGCGCUUCCUCCGCAGUGGCGACAUUGUGCACCGCGAUAUCAAGCCCCAAAACCUGCUCUUGCAAAUCCCCGACGACGAAUCCCUCGCCUCCGGCCACCCCCGCGAAAUUCCGCUCAUCAAGGUCGCCGACUUUGGCUUUGCUCGGAAUCUGCCAGCCGCCUCGCUGGCGAAAACACUGUGCGGAUCGCCGCUGUACAUGGCACCAGAAAUAUUGCGCUACGAAAAGUACGAUGCCAAGGCAGAUCUCUGGUCCGUCGGUGCCGUGCUGUACGAAAUGUGCGUCGGCAAACCGCCAUUUCGCGCCUCAAAUCACGUCGAGCUGCUACGGCGCAUCGAGCAGAGCAACGACCGGAUCAAGUUCCCCGACGAGCGCUCCGAACAAUCGCUCGCCAAGGACGCUAUGCGUCGACACCUGAAUGGCGAGGCACCCCGCCCGCCCCCACCCGUCAUUGCCCCCGACAUCAAGGCCCUCAUUCGCCGCCUUCUCAAACGGCAUCCCGUGGAGCGCAUGAGCUUCGACGAGCUCUUCGCCGACCCCGUGGUGACACAUGUGCCCUACAGCGGACACGCCAUUAUCAAAGAUCAGCUCGCUGCGUCUGUGCACCUCGCCCAUCUCCCUGCCGAUAUUUUCGCCCCGCCCAAGCCGCCGACGAACGACGCCCCCUUGCCCACGCCGCAUACCCCCGACGAUCGCCCACCCGCGCAGCCAAGCGCCCUGUCCCGCGCGAUGCAGUUGGCCAGUCAGGGACACGCUCUGACAGAGCAGAACAAGCCAGCAUCCCUCGGCCCUGAGGCACCACCGCUUUCCCUUCUCAGCAAGCCCAUGUCAGCUCCUUCGUACCCUGGUCUCUCAUACACAGCUGAUGAAGGCCUCCUUCCCCUGCUACAAACUCUCGCAAAAAAAGCCUACGUUCUCAUCGAGUUUGCUGAUACGCGGCACGCCGAAGUACCGCCGAGCCCCUUGCAUCUUCACAGCUACUCACCCGCAGGCAGCAGCCCCAACUCGACCAGCGCUUACCUGCAAGAAGUAGCCGGGGCGGAAAGCCUGGCGCUGUACAUUCGCUCGCUCAGUUUGCUGCAGCGUGGAUUGGAGUACCUGAAUGCCUAUGCUGAACGGUCAGUCGGUAGCGAGCCACCAGAGCAGCUCCGUGACUUGACGCAGUGGUUCCGCGUGCGCUUUGACGAAUGCUACCACAAGUCGCUCCAGGCACGCUCGAAUUGCCAUACGAAUGUGCUUGUUGAUCCCGCUCAGCACAUCGAUCGUCUUAUCUUUGACAAGGCCUUGGAAUUGGCACGUAUGGCUGCCUUGGACGAGUUGGAAGGAAACAAGCAGGACACACGCACGUGGGACCCUACACACUGCAUUAUGGCAUACGAGACAGCAUUGCACCUGCUCAUGGGCCUCUUGGAUCCCACGGAAGACCGAAUGAACUCAUGCGUACCGUCCACGUCGACUGUGGAGACAUUCUUGAAAAGCAUCACGAAACGCCUGGCCGUGUUGCAUGGCAGGGGAGGCACGGUGGGCCCGACACCCACCUCUGCAAUGGUAUCUUUAUCCGCUUCAUAG